GGUGGUGACUUUGAGGCAGGCAACCCGGAUGAUGAUUGGGCUGUAAGCCUGAGGGGGAGCCCGAACCCUGACAGGGAUCCAUGACAAGACCUGCACAGUAAGGAGGCAGCCCAUUAUGGCUUGCUGAUCUUCAACCACUUGGUGGGUCCAGCAUGAGCACGUUGUCUGACACAGGCUAUGCCACAGUAAAAGAACCCAGAGAUUCGUCCCCACCUCAGAAUGGCCAUCUGUCUUUGCAAGGAAUGUCCCUGUGGCAUGCUGGCUCUCUGUGUGAAGGAUCAGAUGUCAGAACCAGUGGCCAGCAAGCACAGAAGAGCAGAUCCUGGUUUGAUUGGUGCUUGGCUCCCUGGGCUGCUGAGGUGCUUCUGGGCAGAGCAGAGACGCCAUACUUAUUUAGAUGUCUACAUGAAUAAUGAGGAGGCAUCUAUCCAAUGCUUCAGGUGCUUUUGUCCUCAGAUCAGGAGGAAGGGAGCUGACUUUGAUGUGGGAGAAGCAUGAUCGGCCAGCCCAGGCUGGAUGGGAAGGAGAAAGAACAACACGACUGGAAACACAACUUACAGAGAAGUAAAGGCUGCUCCAGUGGCACAGGAACGCCUGGGGUCCAAGUACAGCUGCACAGUGAGUGAAGUUACCGUCAUGAACCUGCGGCCCGAGAAAAACCCUAUCUUCCUCUUGCCAGAUGGAAAGAAGAGGGGUGACGUAAGCAGCCUGGAGAACUUACCCCUGAAAAGGCCAGUGAAGCUGGCCCCUCUGGAGAUCCCCCUGGAAGUAAAAGAAGCCCAGCUCCAGAAGAUUAUGAGCAUCCAGGCAGAAGCCCAGCUGGCUGCUCAGAAGCUGGCCAGUGUCGGCUCCAUCAACAGUGAGCCCCAUGUGAAAAGGGUCAAAAAUCUGGCCCAAGUGGAACUGGAGAACAUGCACAAGAUAAAGCUGAGUGAGAAGGCUAUUCUAGAGUACAGAGAUGGGCCCCUCUCACUGAAACCCUUGUGUGAAAUCCAAGUGAUCUUGCCCACAGAGGCAAGCUCCAAGCCGGAUAACAAACCAGCCACUGAAGAUGCCCCAGUGACAUUCUCUACGCUAUUAAUCCCCAAAGGCAAGAGCAAUGUCCUCCAAGCACCUAGCCCACAGGAGGACACCAAGGUUCCAGAUGGCCAGAGCCCCAACCUCGACACUGCCCGGCGCCGCUUUAGACUGAGGCAGAUGAAAGAGAAACAGGAGGAGCUUGGAAAAGCCAAGCCUUUAAAAGCCACAAGACUGAGCUCAGAGGAGGUGAAGCAGCAAACCGCAGGUCAACGCACGCAAAAAACCCUCAGCGAUGCAAGCAAGCUCCUGGAGAGCAUGGCGAAAAAGCACUGGGGGAGAGGCACUGGCCAAGAUGAAUCAGAUGAAAUCCUCAUUGUUAGGAGACCAUCUACCCGAAGGAUGGCCUUAGGGGACAUCAUUCAGGUGGAAGAAGAUUGAACACGAUGCCCGACUUCAUCCCUGAUGCUGCUAUAUGCUUAGUGCAAAUCUACAGAGCACCCGAACAUUAGAUCCAGACGCACUUGUCCAAUAAAGGACAUUAGUGCUGCAUCUUUCAGUAGUCUACCUGCUAAUCGGCUAAUGCUGCUGUCACAUAGAGCAAUACUAUGAAAUAAAAGUAAUGUUUUAUUA